AUGGCCGGCAGCACGGCAAUGACAAUCUCUACAACCUUACUCCUUUUUCUUGUUCUACCGGCGGCGAUCUCAGCCGUCCCCGCCGAUUUGAACAAAGAUUUCAUUGAUACCAACUGCAAAACAACUUUAUACCCAGACAUAUGCUACACCAGCAUCAUUGCCUACGCCGGUGACAUUGAAGUAAGCCCAGCCAAGCUCGCUCGCGUAGCCGUCGAUCACAGCUUCAAUAGUAUUCGUUCCAUUGCCUUAUAUGUUUUGAACAACUCAGGCAAAUUCAAUAAUAACAAUGAUAAGACAACUGUCGGUGUUCUAAAGGACUGCAACAAAAACUUUGAAGAUGCCGUGCUUCAGGUGCAACGCUCAAACAGGGAAAUACGCUACCUGGACUUCUCUGUCUCAAAGGAAGCGUUGCUGUUCAAGAUAAGUAAUGUGCAGACGUGGUUGAGCGCUGCACUUACAAACCAGGAAACGUGUGCGACCGAGUUGGCGAAUAUAAAAUCGGAGUUACAUGAUAAGGUGGUGAAUAGCAAGAAGUUCGUAAGCAUUGCACUCGCCUUGGUCAAUAGUUAUGCUAAAGCGGCCCAAGCUAAUUAA